AUGCCCGACUACUCUUCCCGGCAGUAUUGGAGGGAUAGGCUGCUUGGCGAAGACCUCAAAGGAUUCGAAUGGCUGCUCUCUUCCGAAGAAAUCCUUCCACAUGUCGCUACGCUUUUGGAUCAUCGACCCGGUCGCGUUUGGCGUGUCCUACACCUUGGCUGCGGUUCCUCGACACUGGGGCUGGACAUGCAGCAGCAUUUUGGUGAGCGCGUGACCGUCCAAGAUGCCGAUUAUGCCAUCAGUGGAACAGAACGGAAGUUCCUCGCCCUACAAGCGGACCCAGACGCGCUUGCCAUCCCAGUCCUUCACUUCGAUGCGUUAAAUCUGCGGGAUAUGCUCGCUUCCGCGCCUCAGGGCGGUUGGGAUAUCCUGGUCGACAAAUCAACGGCGGAUGCGAUCGCUUGCGGAGAGCCGCUGGUGACCGUUUCAAGCGGCGGUUCAACCCCUUUGGCCCGCGAGCCCAUCGAAGUGCUCUGCGAAAAUCUUUACCAGGCCACAAGCUCGGACGCCGUUUGGCUGUGUAUAUCGUAUUCUUCGGGGAGAUUCGACUUUCUUAAUGGGGCUGAGACGAGGUAUGGGUGGCAAGUGCAGAGUAAGACGCCCGUCCAGCUUGUUAAGUCCGGAGAGGGAGAAAUCGUACAUAGACCAGAAACAGGUACUUGGGCUUGGGUUCUCCGGAAAACGUGA